AUGACCACGAGCACAUCCUCCUCUUCAACCGCGUCCAGCAGUUCAGCCCGCCCAAUCCCGUCCAUCACAAUUCAUGGACCUACAGCGAGGGGAGGGCAUCUUGAUAGUCUAGUGGGUGGGGGAGGAAGUAAUGGACGGUUGCGCACGCGCUCGCCGAAAGGACAGAGGGGGAGACCAAGGAAGGCCGUCGUGACGGGCAUGUCGGCACCGCCGAUUCAGACGAGCGAGGAGGAGACGGGCAAGGGCAAGGGCAAGAGCAAGCGGAGGUGGGUUGGGUUGAGGACUGGGAAGGGUGUGGUGGUGGUGGUGACGGUGGUGAUUGUGGUAGCGGUGGUCGGGUUGCUGAUGUGAGUUUGGGCUUGCGCGGGAGAGGGGGAUCACGGGGGAGACUGACCGACUGACGUGGUCCACAAUCACAUCGUCGUGCAUGAUCUCGCAACGGCUACACCUCGCACGUGUCCCAUCACUCACUGCACUAGCUCGGCAAUCCGAAUCAUCUCUCGUGACCCCAUCGAAGAAGCGCCACCGUUGCUAAGGACCCGUCACUCGCCCCUCUUGCCUCGUCGACGGGUUCGAGACCCGAGCCAUUACAAGCGCCACACCCAGGCCGCGCGUGGAACUGGCGCGGUUCCACCUUCUCGGAAUUCCAAGGCCGAUCCGGACGAGACGGAGAAAAAGGAUUUGACCAAGGCGGGGGGAGAGGGGAAAGCUCAGCAGGGUGUGGUGAUAGAUGAGGUCGUCAAGGAUGCUUUGGCGGACGUGUGGGAUCUCGAGAAGGACGUCCCUCCGGUCGAAGGAUCUUCGUCUUUGCCGAGGAAUCCGAAGAACGUACCAAUUCCGACGGACGAGACUCCCAGCGAGGGCAAAACGACAACGCGAAGUCUCAAAGAGUUGUACGCUGAAUUAGAAGGGAUGGGCUUAUCGGUCGACGAUUUGACGCAGGCGUUGGACGAGGCUUAUAGAGGUGGGGAGGCCGGCGCGGGGAAGUGA